AUGAUGAAUAGUCGUUCAACUAUUGCUUAUUCUGCUCGUAAGCCACUUGAAAAUGGAAUACAAACAAUUGCUGAUACACCAUUACAACAGCCAGACAUAGAAGGAAGAGAAGCGGAUUCGUUAGCAAAUGUUGUACGAACUGCUCAGCGUUUACAUAAAUGGGUGAAACGACGUCAACAACAAAUAAGUCCACAGCCAAGUGAUUCUUUUCUCGAAAAAUUUGCACCGGCUGCUCGUGAAGUAUUACUUGAAGAUCAAAAUAGUAAAAAAUGGGUUGUCGAUCCAUCUAAAAAUUUUUAUUACUAUUGGUCAGCGGUUGUUUCAUUAGCUGUUAUUUAUAAUUUUAUUUUAUUAAUUGGUAGAACUGCAUUUUUACUAUUACAAAGUAAACUAUUGAUAGUGUGGUUAAUACUUGAUUAUUUAUGUGACUUUUGUUAUAUUGCCGAUACUAUUCUGCAAACGAGAAAAGGUUAUUUGGAGCAAGGUUUAUUAGUUCGGGAUUUGAAAAAACUUCGUCGUCAUUAUAUUAAAAGUCGUUCAUUUAUUCUCGAUAUUAUAUCAUUAAUACCAACUGAUUUCUUUUAUUUUAUACCCAGUUUACAUUUGACCUCAUUUUUGAGAGCAAAUCGUUUAUUUCGUAUGUAUCGUGUAUUUGAAUUUUCAGAUAAAGUUGAAACACAAACAAAUCAUCCAAAUAUAUUUCGACUUGUAUCGUUAUUAAUUAUUAUUCUUAUUAUUAUACAUUGGAAUGCUUGUUUCUAUUUUAUAAUUAGUCGAUGGAUUGGUUAUUCGUCAGAUGGAUGGGUAUAUAAUAUGACAACAGUGACAGGUUCAACAUUAAGAACACAAUAUUUAUACUGUUUUUUUUGGUCAACACUUGUAUUAACAAAUAUUGGUGAAGUACCACCGCCCGAAACUGAUAUUGAAGUACUUUUUGUCACAGCCGAUUUUCUAGUCGGCGUUUUAAUAUUUGCAACAAUCGUUGGAAAUGUUGGUAGUAUAAUUGCUAGUAUGAAUGCUGUAAGAGCCGAUUUUCGACAAAAAGUUGAUCAAGUUAAACAAUAUAUGGAAUUUCGAAAAGUUGGAAAAGAUCUUGAAAGACGUGUUAUUACGUGGUUUGACUAUUUAUGGUUACAAAAGCAAACGGCUAAUGAAGAUUAUAUACUUGGAAGUCUUCCACAAAAACUUCGUGUUGAAAUAGCAAUUCAUGUACAUUUAGCUACAUUAAAACGUGUACCAAUUUUUUCUAAUGCAGAACCGGGUCUAUUAGUCGAAUUGGUGACACGUUUAAAAUUGCAAAUAUACAGUCCCUAUGAUUAUGUGUGUAAAAAAGGUGAUAUUGGUAAAGAAAUGUAUAUUAUCAAACGUGGUCGUUUAAGUGUUGUUUCUGAUGAUGGGAAAACUGUAUUUGUUACAUUAGAUGAAGGAAGUGUAUUUGGUGAAAUAGCUAUUCUAAAUAUACCCGGAAGUAAAAAUGGAAAUAGAAGAACAGCAAAUAUUCGAAGUGUCGGAUAUUCUGAUUUAUUUUCGUUGACAAAGCAAGAUUUAUGGGAAGUAUUGGCUGAAUAUCCAUCAGCUCGAGAUACAUUACUUGAACAAGGUAAAGCUUUACUAAGAAAAGAUAAUUUAUUGGAUGAAGCUGCAGCACAGCAAGCCAAACAAGAAGAACUUCAAAUGCCAGAUAAAGUUGGUCAAUUAGAAACAAAUAUUGAUAAUUUAGAAACGCGUCUAGCACGGUUGAUGGGGGAAUAUACGGUUAAUAAUAAUACAUUAGGUAUGAGAUUGAUUACCGUUGAAAAAUUGGCUGAGGAAAAAAGAGCAAAAACAACGACACUAUUACCCGAUAAUAAUGAUAUUAAUACACGUGAAGAUGACGUUUAA